UGUAAAACAGAAAACAGGUGCGUUAUGGAUUUAUGGAUGAUCUUAUCCAUUUGCUUUUUAUGGAUGGCGUGAGUUACGGAACAACACAAACACAAGUGAGCUGCGUUUGAGAGGAUCUUGUCUCACAUUUUAAGAUGGACGUUUAUCUCUGUGUAAUGUGGGUGAUAUCUGUGCUCUACCGUCUGACAUGGGCAUGCACCGAGACCCAUGUGGCCGACACAGGCACCUUCACCUCCCUCAACUACCCCAAUGACUACCCUCCAAACCUUAUGUGUACUUACACCUUGACACCUGUCACCCCCGGGGCUGUGCUUAGACUCGUCUUUGAUGACUUCAGCACAGAGGAGGACAAGGAUUUAGUGAAGAUCUAUGACGCAGACGACAAACUAGUGAUCACAAAGAGCGGUGGGCGUUACAAGUGGGUUGUUAUCCCUACAGCAAGCUAUUUGAAGGUCGUGUUUUCGUCUGACAAUGCCAACACGUUCCUUGGCUUCAACGCAAGUUGGUCUAUUGCCCCCUCGUCGCAGGCGUUUGACUACCGGGUUGCCAUGGCAACGAGAUGCCCUGUCCAAGGACUCUUUGAACCAUUUCCAGAGAUAAACGGAAUUAGAAAGCUGGAGAUUAUGCCAUCAAUGACCUUCCAUACCUGUAUGCUGCUGUGUCAAGUGCUGGCGGAAUGUUCGUAUUUUAAGAUAUAUUCCAGCGGAAACUGUUACGUGUACGAAUAUCAGGACGGCUUCGUGCUGAAAUACACCUCCACUUACAAAAAGGUUACCAACCCGUAGUCAUGGACGAAGCCUUACGGUGAUCAAGAGAGUAGAUGAAUGUCGUUUUAUGUGGCAAUCUGAACAGCUAGGGGAACUGUGAAUGAGGGAAUGCUGAUCAGGCGAACCAUCGGAAUACUGCUUCAUGUCGUCAACAGAAAGUUGCUUUACACAUAAUAGAAGUUUUCGAGUUGCCUCCGGUUACUUCAGUAACCCAUUCUUCCGUAACCCAUGCUUGUCGUAAGAGGCGACUAACGGGAUCAG